AUGGACGAGUUGAUGGUGGAGUUGGUGGGCAUGUGCCUCGGCUAUGUGGACCCUCUCACCCAGCCCGUCUGCCGCGCCGUGUGCCGUCGCUGGCACCACGCCCUCCAAGCCCACGCGCGGACCACCCAGACCGCAACAACCGCUGCGGAGGGCCGGCUGGCAGUGCUGCAGUGGGCGCGGGCCAGCGGGGCGCCGUGGGAAGACCCCGGCGAGGCCUGCGCCGGCGCCGCACGCGGAGGCCACCUCGCGGUGCUCCAGUGGCUGCACGCCGAGGGUUGCGCUUGGGACCAGCGGACCACUGCCGCCGCGGCCCACGGCGGCCACCUCGCCGCCGCAGCCGGCGACGGCCAUCUGGAAGUGGUCCAGUGGCUCUGGACCCAUGGCGGAUCGCCGUUCAACCGGGACGUAUGCGCAGCGGCCGCUCGUGGCGGCCACUUGGAGGUGCUGCAGUGGGUGCGGGCCAACAACUGCCCGUGGGACUACAUGACCUGCUGCCUCGGGGCGCAUGGGGGCCACCUCGAGGUACUGCAGUGGGCGCGGGCCAAUGGCGCGCCGUGGGACGAGACCACCUGCAGCGGCGCGGCGCUCUUCGGCCAUCUCGAGGUGCUACGGUGGGCGCGGGCCAACGGGGCGCCGUGGGACACGGACACCUGCAACUCGGCGGCUCACAGCGGACACCUUGAGCUCCUGCAGUGGGCCCGAGCCAACGGUGCGCCGUGGAACCGACGCGUGACCUUCUUCGCCAAGCGUGCAGGCCACACCGAGUUACUCCAGUGGGCGCUAGCCAAUGGCUGCCCUUCGUGA